AUGGAUGCUGGGAUGGACCUGCUCCACAGCUCCGGGGUAGAGCUGGUGCAGUAUCUACAGAUGAAUUACAAGGACUCCCAGAGCUGGUUCACCUUUAUCUCUUUGGCUGCUGAUCUGAGAAACACUUUCUUCGUUUUCUUUCCGAUCUGGUUCCAUCUGUGUGAAGCGGUGGGUGUCAAACUCAUCUGGGUGGCAGUCAUUGGAGACUGGCUCAACCUCAUCUUCAAAUGGAUAUUAUUUGGCCAGAGACCUUACUGGUGGGUUCAUGAAACGUCCUACUACAGCAACUCAUCUUUUCCUGUGUUACAACAAUACCCUAUCACCUGUGAAACAGGGCCAGGAAGCCCGUCAGGUCACGCUAUGGGAUCAGCUGGGGUUUGGUAUGUGAUGGUGACAGCAUUUCUGACCAGCACACUUCAGAAUAAGCAGCAUUGCGUUCAGAACUGGUGUCUCCGUUCAGUGCUGUGGACGGUAUUCUGGGUGAUACAGUUCUGUGUCUGUGCGUCUAGAGUGUUUGUGGCCGCUCACUUCCCACAUCAGGUCUGUCUGGGAGUCAUUUCAGGUCAGUGGAUACAUUACUCACAGGUCACAGUUAGAAUGGAUCUUUGAUAUGUUCAACUGUCAUGGUAUUAGAAAUUCAUUUGAUAUACUGGAAUAUAGAUAAUGCAAAGAGUACCAUCUCGUGUACAAUCUAUAGCUGUUA